AAGAAAAAGACAGACAACUGAAAUUAGAUCAGGAGAAAAAACUGAAAGAACAACAAGACAGAAUAAAAAAGGAAGAACAAGAGAGACAAAAGAAAGAAAUAGAAGAGAAACGAAAAAUAGAAGAUGUGAAGAGAAAGGAGGAAGACCUAAAGAAAAAGAGAGAUUCCGAAACUAUAAUGCGAAAGAAAGAAGAAAUAGAAAAGCUAAAGAAUAA